AUAUACUUUCUUCCCCCUCCUCACUUCCCUUCUAGUAGCAUUUUACAUCUAUCUUCAGAAGCAGAAAGCGUCAAGAUAAAGACUCAAAAAUGACUGAAUUCUGGCUGAUUUCUGCUCCUGGGGAAAAAACCUGUCAACAGACAUGGGAGAAACUACAUGCAGCAACUACAAAAAAUAACAAUCUUUCUACUAAUUCUAAGUUCAAUAUUCCAGACUUGAAGGUUGGCACACUGGAUGUUUUGGUUGGUUUGUCAGAUGAGCUGGCUAAACUGGAUUCGUUUGUGGAGGGUGUUGUAAAGAAAGUGGCCCAGUAUAUGGCUGAUGUUCUAGAAGACAGUAAAGAUAAAGUUCAGGAAAAUCUUCUGGCUAAUGGAGUUGACUUGGUCACCUAUAUAACAAGGUUCCAGUGGGAUAUGGCCAAAUACCCAAUCAAACAAUCCUUGAAGAAUAUUUCAGAAAUUAUUGCAAAGGGAGUAAACCAGAUUGACAAUGAUCUGAAAGCAAGAGCCUCAGCAUACAAUAAUCUGAAAGGGAACCUUCAGAAUUUGGAAAGAAAGAAUGCGGGAAGCUUGCUAACCAGAAGUCUUGCUGAUAUUGUAAAGAAAGAGGACUUUGUACUUGAUUCAGAGUAUUUGGUCACGUUAUUAGUGAUUGUACCAAAGUUAAAUUAUAAUGACUGGGUUAAGCAGUAUGAAACGCUAGCAGAGAUGGUUGUACCACGUUCCAGCAAUGUACUCUUUGAGGAUCAAGAUAGUUACCUUUGUAACGUCACCUUGUUCAGGAAGGCGGUGGAUGACUUCAAGCAUAAAGCCAGAGAAUAUAAAUUUAUGGUCCGUGACUUCCAGUAUAAUGAAGAAGAGAUGAAAGCGGAUAAAGAAGAAAUGAAUAGACUGUCAACUGACAAGAAGAAACAGUUUGGGCCUCUAGUUCGGUGGCUGAAAGUUAAUUUCAGCGAAGCUUUCAUUGCAUGGAUUCAUGUGAAAGCGCUACGAGUUUUUGUUGAAUCUGUUUUAAGGUAUGGUUUGCCAGUUAACUUCCAGGCAAUGCUGCUUCAGCCUAAUAAGAAAACAAUGAAGAAACUGCGGGAAGUUUUGUAUGACUUAUAUAAACACCUUGACAGCAGUGCAGCAGCUAUCAUUGAUGCAACUAUGGAUAUUCCAGGCUUAAACCUCAGUCAGCAGGAGUACUACCCAUAUGUAUACUACAAGAUUGACUGUAAUUUGCUGGAAUUCAAGUAAAAGUUCCCUAACAUGACAAUCUUCUCAGUGUUGGUGUAAACAAACAGAAGUGAGGUUGAAGUAUAGUAAUACUUUUAACACUCUACUAAUCUUAUGCUUGCUUCUUAUGUUAGGUGAAUUUAACACACAGUGGUCCAUCUCUAGACAUUUUCUCUUUAAUCUGCUUUUAAUCAAUUAUGUCUGUAAAUGUAUAUUGAGAGAAUUGAAGUAUUUAUAAACAGAGUGAUUUAUUUAAGGAAAAGCUCAUUCCUCUUUCCUAUGGUGGUCUGUGUUAAUUCCAUUUACCAUUGUUUAUAAAAAAUGUUUACAGAAUAGUGUAAAUGAUCAUGGCCAUUUUGUUCAUUUGAUUUAGUAGAUACAAUUGUGUUAACGUUGUUGAACUGUGAUGUAAAGUAUGUAAAAUUGGUAUGAAAUUGUGUUUUCUGAAUGGUUUAAAGUUACAAUUUAAGCACUGUAAACACAGGAAAAAAUAAACAUACCUGUGCAAAUGUG